CCCGGUUUCAGGGCGUGAGGAACCCAAAUGUAAACUGAGAGAAAUCAACCUCCUCCCAUAACAGAUGACGUUAGCUUUACGCUCAAAAGGAACCGAAACUUAAACUGAGAGGAAUGGACCUCCCCUCCUCCAGCAGAUGACGUUACCUUUGCUUUCUUGCUCAGUGGUGACUUCGUCUGCAAGCACCCGUUUUCCUCAAGUCCUCUUCUGUGGGGGCUUAGCACACAAAGCAACGUUGGAACUGGGCCAGGAUUUCUCCUCAGAGCCUGUAAGAGCACCAAGGACUGUAGAUCCACCUUUAGCCUCUUCCUCGCCAAAUUCCCAGAGCCACUGGAGCCAGAUCCUCUGACUGGGCCUGAGCAGGGCCUAUGUAUCUGCAUCAAUUCCAGGCUUUUGGUCUCUCAGAGGUGACGUCAGCAAAGGGCAUUUUGGAAUAUCACACCUAGUAGGAGUAGGACAUUUUUGACGAUUCUGCGUUGGACCUGCACAGAAUCCAGAGACAAAUCUUCUUGCUCCAGGUGAUUUCCUGAUAAUGGCGAAGAUGGUGAGAAGAACAUGUGCGUUUUGUUCGGAGGGGGAGGCUGGCUCUAUAAUGUACAUUGCCAAAGAGCAAAAUAUUGCAGCUCAUCAGGAUUGUUUGUUAUUUUCCUCAGGAUUUGUGGAAUCUGAAGAGUAUAACCCAGAUAAUCUAGAUAUAAGGUUUGACGUGGCAUCAGUGUUGAAUGAACUCAGAAGAGGAAAGCGGCUGAUGUGCAACUUCUGUCGCAAGAAAGGAGCCACUGUGGGAUGCGAGGAAAGAGCCUGUCGCAGAAGUUAUCACUACUUCUGUGCACUCUGUGAUGAUGCAGCCAUAGAAACAGAUGAAGUGAAUGGAAUUUACCGAGUGUUCUGCCCAAAACAUGACCCAGGCAAUAGGACCAAUCACUAUGAUGCAGCUAAUAAGAGGAAAAGGCAUGCAAUGAAAUCCUCCGCCAUCAGGGAACAAAUGAGCACAGAAGAGACGGAAGAAGAAAACAGUUUACGAAUACUAAAAAGAAAAAACAGGCAAAAAGUACGAAUAGACUUUCUUAGGAAGUGCAAACAGGCGGGGCUUUUGGAUGACAUAUUUGAAGAGAUGCUGGACACGCUUCACCUGGCUCAGGAAAAGCUGAUGGAUGACAACACUUCGGAAACAGAGUAUGAAGAAACAGUAAUGUCGCUCUUUGACUGUGGACUGUUUGAAAACAUACUGACAAAUAUUCAUUCAGGGACAGAAGAAAAAAUUCAGGAACUUCUGGAAACCAGAAAAAAAUUGGAUAACCAGAUUGAGCUACUGCAAGACAUAAAAGAAGUUGCCCUCCCUGCCCAGGAGAAUACUGCUAGUACAUCUAGCACAUUGUCUGAAUAACCCUAAAGUCUUUCUGUAAUGGCAUCAAUAUUCAGAAUUUUCUGAGGCUAGAAACCAUAGACCACAUCUGGUGAGUGUAUAAGUGAUUUUUUUCAAAGAUAGGGACACAAGCAAAAAUCAGCUGUUUCACUCUUUUAUACCUCACUGUUGCAAAACUUUAAGUUGUCCCUUUAUUUUUUACUGUGGAUCAAUGAGUGUUAGACACUUAAUUUAGCUUUUUUAAAGCUGAAUGAAGCCCUCCAACCAAGAUGGAAAUUCUUCCAAGACAAGGGAGCAACAGCUGCCACAGAAGUUUUUUUUAAAGUCACUUCAGUUGGGGCAGCCUUCUUCAGAACAGGCUGAGGGAGCUGCUUCACUCUGUACUUCUAGACAGUGUUGUUUUAAGGAUCACAGUGCUGCUUUGGCUUUCCAAAGAAGAUAAAUUAGCAGAACUUGCACUCAAAGAAACCUUCUGAAUUAUGAACAGGAGUUUUGUUUUUGAUUUCUUCACUGAUAAUGUUAAGCAAACACCUAGUUCUGCUAUAACAGCAGUAGUGAAAGGGUGGUUGCAGGCAGACAGGAAUGGCUGGGUACCAUGCUCUGCUACCACAGACAAUGUAAAAUGGUAUGAAAUAAUGGACUGUAUUCUCCUUUCUCUGUUAAGAAAGGAUCGACUUCCAUGUGUUUUGUCUUAAAGGUUACUAUAUUGAAAUUGUUUGAAUACAGAAAAACAUUCUUUAGCUACAAAAGUGUAAGUUAAUAAAAUAAAAUGUUUUUAAGAAAGUUAUGC